CUCGUCCUAAAACCUGAAGUGCUGGCAAAAAAAAAAAAAAGAUGUAUGCCGUUGCUGCCUUGUUUACCGUUCUGAUCAUUCUUGGAAUCAUACUCUUAAGAUGGAGACAGAAGACCUUUUCUUACUUCAAAGACAUUGGAAUUCCUGGACCCAAACCAAACCUGAUUUGGGGAAACCUUAGGGAAUACCACGAAAAGGACUUAUUCCAGGCUGUGAAAAAAUGGUGCAAGCAAUAUGGCGAUAUAUUUGGCUUCUACAAUGGAGAUGUUCCAAUGCUCGUGGUGCGGGACUUUAAAUUUCUGGAGUACGUCUUUGUCAAAAACUUCUCCAACUUCACUGGCCGUGGCGUAACUAUGAGGACCGACCAGAUGCACCCAGUCGUUGGGCGAGGUUUGAUUCACGUAAAGGGCUCCGAGUGGAGGAACAUACGCUCCUGCAUCACUUCCGGUUUUACCGGACUCAAGAUCAAGCUGAUGAUGGAUCACUUCACUAAAGUUGGCGACGUGUUCAUGGAUGUGCUCGGCGAGAUAGCCGACCAGGGCAAAGAGGUAAACAUGCUGGAGCCGUUCCAGCGACUCAUGAUGGACUACAUCGGUCGGGCAGCGUUCGGGAUCGACACCAGUUUUCAGAAGGACCUGAAGAAUCCAUUUUUCCUCACGGCGCAGCGAACAGUAAAGGAAAUCAUGACCGGACCCUUCCACAUGCUGGCCCAGUGCACAACCUCGUUUGGCAUUCUGGCUGCUCCGAUUUUUUGGCUGAGCCGGAUAUUUGGCAGUUUUUCACAUCAGGAUUUCGGUGAAGAGACGGCGAAGGUCAUUGAGCUCCGUAAAAAACACCCAGAGCUACGAAGGAAUGACAUGCUCCAGAAUCUCAUCGAUGCGGAGUACGAGGAGCUGGCAUCGACGCAGACAUCCUCGGGUGUCAGCAAGACCAGGGCAUUAUCUUCGAAAGAAGUUAUCAUGAACACAAAUAUUCUAUUUCUAGGAGGCUUUGAGACAAGUGCAACCGCCCUGUCUUUCAUUACGUAUGCUCUCGGCAAGUACCCGGAUGUUCAGAAGAAGGUUAGGCAGGAAGUCAAGAAUGUGCUCAACGAGGGUGGGUCGCUGGACUACGAGACAGUCACAAAAAAACUAAAGUACAUCACGCAGGUUAUCGACGAGGCAAUGCGAAUAUGGCCACCCGCUCUCACGUUUACCACGAGGCAGGCAAAGGAAGACUUCGAGUACCAGGGCAUCAAAUACAAGGCCGGCACAAGCAUCAUGUCUCCACCAUUUGUGAUCCACAUGGACGAGAGGUUUUUUCCAGAUCCCACGAAGUUUGACCCUGACAGGUUCAGCGAGGAGAACGAAGGCCGUAUCCCGAAGUUGGCUUUCCAGCCUUUCGGAAUGGGACCCCGAAACUGCGUGGGAACCAGGCUUGCUUAUGUCGAGCUCGCCUACACUGUGGCCAGGAUGACGCAGCACUUCCAUUGGGAACUCGGCGAAUCACAGAAGAGAGAAAUGCCCAUUGGACAGUACGGCAUGGUAUCGACGCCGGGAAGAGGACCUUGGAUUGUCUUCCACAGACUAUGAACACUGCAACUCGCCAACGACCAUCCCUUUUCUCCGUUGCGUCCAUACGCCGAAAUUAGCUCAGUGGCAGAAGCUACAAGUCAUGUGACUGUGUUACAUAUGUUACCACGCGGCAUCGGCGGUACUAACAGAACCGAGCCCCAGAUUCGAACCUUAUGGGAAAAGACCCGCAAGAGACUGCAGUCAGCGAGGACCAUUACGGACGAGCUCCUUUAUUAUCCUUUUGUUUCAUUUGUGACAAUAAAAUUUUUUCUCCGAC